AGAAAUGGCUGUUUAGUAUGGCAACACUUUUAUUAGUUGAAAAGAGUAUUCGAUGUCUGAACAACAUGAACCAACUUCAUCGAAGAAUAGGGCUCUACUUCCUUUGGUGAAAUCCAUAGUUGAAGCAUGCAUCACCAGUAGCGCUGACGAACAAAGACAGCUGGCGGAAUGUCUUGCCCGAGAAUGGAACGAAACAGCUGACGUAGGUGCCAUCGUCAAGUAUUACACAACAAAGAAACGCGCUCAAGAUGGGGAUCAGCUGAGAAGCUUUCUUAGAGCACUUGAGACUUGUACAGAUGAUUUUUGCCUCAUGAUGUUGUGCAGACUCGCACAAGAUUUGAUCUCCGCCGGUUCAUCCAAGGCUCGAAGCAAAAGACUACGCAAACUGAUCAAGGCAGAUGCAAUUUCUGCACUUCUACGGACAUUGCGGUAUCGUCUGAAAGAUUUAUCCACUCGAAAACCUGAGGAGAAAGCGGACGAUGAGGAAUGGGCAUUGAGUCGUGAAUGUGAUGAUACCGUAGCAGCGCUUGUGCUUGCCAUUGGAGCAAAAGAUUGCCGCUUGUCCCUGAAAAUCCGAGUCGGCGGAGUGCUUCAGAUGUUAUGUGCACUGAUGGCGAGUGAAAUCGAAGAUCCACUCAGUUUGACGAUGGCGAAGCUUCUGUGUCGAUCACUGCGAUCGCCGCGGAAUGCUCAGUUGGCUGGACGUCAUCGCGGAUUUGCAACAAAGCUUCUGCUUCGCAUAUCAUCAUUGAAGGGACAAGAUGCUGCGCAAUGUUUACUCCUUGCUCGUUAUCUCGAGAUCCUCUAUUUCAUCUCAAAGAACAGAAAAACUCGAGCUGUGCUCAUUGGCGAGAACGUCAUUGACUGUGUUGUCCCACUUGUUGAACGACAUUUUUGCUAUAGAGGGGUUUGCGUGCAGCAACCAUCAUCCUCAUCGGCUACAGAAGUUCAUUUGGAGAUUUGUCUGAUAUCGCUUGCGUUGCUCAGGCUCUACUCGAAUAAUAAGCGCGCCAAGGAGCAACUGGUAUCGUGUAAUGUGCUAAAACAAUGCGAACAUAUGAUGAGCGAACUUGACAAAGAGGAUUCGUCGUUGUCGCCAAAUGUCACACAUCUGCAGGACUCGUUAUGUGCUUUAUGCCUCCGCUGCCUACCUACGCUUUCGUUCCCACUUGCCGGAAGAUCGUUCCCGUUCCGAUUCCAACAGAAGAGGCCAGCUUCGAAGUCACCCCAAAAACGCUGUUCGGACUCUCUAGCCGAUGUAGCAGACCGAUCUGCAGAUAUGUAUGAACCCGAGAGCAGCGAUGAUGAUGGUGCAUUGGAAGAAGAUGAAGUUUUUGCACAAUUUGGUGAAGAUGAUGGUGUUUUCACUUGUGAAGUGGAUGAGGAUGGAUUGGAAGUCAAGAAGGAAGUCACUCAUAGCCGGCUGAAACAGUCUGAACUCGAGUCGUACUCCGCCUGCUUUGCUGAGUAUAAAAAUGGUGCCGACGCAAAACGUCCAACUUCCUCAGUUCCAUAUCCUGAGCUUUUUCUACAGUACGCCAAGGCUACACGCUCAGUGAUCCCGUUCACAAAGAUUGCUUUUCCUGAAAUGUGCGAUCCUGAUGUGGACAUACCACGGCAGCCACUCUGUGAUAAUGGGACCAGCAUGAGGGAAGUUGUUGUCCACGAGAUAGCAAGAGCUAGAGCAAGCACAGAAUUCCGACCUCGAGUGGUUUACGAUUUGGAUAGCUUUGCCAAUGAAGAAAAAGCAAGUCGCCCAUCAUCUAUCACAUUGGCUAACAACGAUCCAGCACGGGCAGGCCAUGUUGAUAAGAAGGUGGAUCAUCUUGUUUUUGAGAGCCGUUUUGAAUGUGGAAACUUGCGAAGAGCUACUCAGGUGGGACCAACUCACUAUGAACUGAUUCUAUCACCAGACAUCAAUCAAAAGAAGGAACACUAUCAGUGGUUUUAUUUUGAGGUCUCAAAUAUUGUAAAUAAUCUUCCCUACACUUUUGAGAUUAUCAACUGUCUGAAAACUACAUCGAUGUACAGCAAAGGAAUGCAACCCGUUAUGUAUUCCGUAUGUGAUGCGCUAGCUGGACAUCGUGGUUGGAUUCGUGCUGGUGAGACAGUAUGCUACUACCGUAAUCUGUACAGUUCUGGUGAAGAUAGUGACGCCGAUGAAAGCAAGUCCAGGAAACGUGGUUUUUACUCGAUUCGUUUCAAUAUAACCUUCCGGAAUAAGGGUGAUAUAUGUUAUUUUGCUUACCAUUUUCCAUAUACUUACUCCUUUCUUAAGGCAACUAUCUCCAGAUGUCUUUCUCAUUUACCCUCUAAUGUAUACUACUCGAAUGAUGUCAUAGGAGAAUCUCUUGGAGGCAACUCGUUAAAUUUACUUACCAUAACCGCUGAAGGUACACGAGAGCAGAUUAACAGCAGGGAUAUAGUAUUUCUGAGCUCUCGGGUUCAUCCUGGAGAAAGUAACUCAAGUUGGAUGAUGCAUGGUGUUUUAAAAUGCUUAUUAACCUCUAAUGAUUCUCGAGUGGUAGAGCUGCGGUCCAAAUUUGUUUUCAAAAUCGUACCCAUUCUUAAUCCCGAUGGAGUAAUCAACGGUAGCCACAGGUGUUCUUUGUCUGGCCUCGAUUUGAACAGGGUUUGGGAUAAACCAAGUCGUCAUUCGCAUCCCGAAAUUUAUCAUACAAAAGCAGUCAUCCAGUAUAUGUGCGAUGUUCUGAAACGCCCACCUUUUGUGUUCGUUGAUUUACAUGGUCAUUCCCGAAGAGCCAAUGUUUUUAUGUUUGGUAAUAAUCCUGAAGAAUCAUGGCGUGAUGAAGACAAGUCGAUGCAGCAUGAAUAUGAAUUUAUGAUUUUGCCAGAGGUUUUGGAACAGAACUCCCCUGCCUUCUCCUUCAAUCUUUGCCAGUUCUCUAUCACUCGGGGAAAGGAAUCAUCGGCCAGAGUCACAGUUUGGAGGCAAUUUGGCGUUGCUAAGGCGUACACAAUGGAAUCGACGUAUUCAGGGUUUGAAACCGGUGCAUAUAAAGGAUUCCAGAUUGGCACAAAGGAUCUCAAAGAAAUAGGCCACGAUCUAUUGUUAGGUAUCUUGGAUGCAUGGAAACUAUCACAUCAACCAAAUAAAACAAAUAAAAUCACUAACAAGAAAAAAGGGAAGUACUAAAGUUGUCAAAUGUUGAAGUGCAGAUGGUUUUGAUGUGUUUGUAAUCUAUCAUCUUCAAAUCUCAUUUUUAUAGGGCUGACUCUAAGGUGCCUCAAAAUCAAAUUUAUACAAUUUCGUGUGUGCCAGUUUUCAUUCUUAACCAUUUCAUAACAAAAAUGUGCAGUCAAACUUUUUAUUUGUAUUUCUGAAGUGAUAACCAAGUAUUAAUUCUUUGUUACUUUUACUAACUCUCACUCUUUCAAAGCCAAAUCUUCUACAAAGGAUCUCCAUACUUUGCCCCUG